CACAUACAAAUCCAAGGAGUGAUCGGGAGAUUGAGCCCAUCGAGGCCUCCUUUGAAAAGUUCUGGCAAGCAUUCUGGCUCCGCCUGAAACUCCGGGCACACCGGCUACCCACUCAUGCGAAACACGAACAACCGGCAAAGAAGGCUGCGGUACUGCUAUACAGGCGCAAGGCCUGCUCCACGCGGAAGUCAGCCCGACGCCCACAAGCCCAGAGAAGCCCCCGACUAACUGGGGCCCGACCCCGGCGACACUCAAGAACACCUCUCCGAGUACCAGCCUCACAGCAAAAGCAGGAAUCUCCCCAGCAACACCGCUCUCAAAGACUGGACCCAGCUGGAAACUGGGAGCGAUCUGCACCACAGCUCAAGAGAGGUCACCCACACUCCCAUGCCUCACACCUGCAAAAGGACUUACCUCUAGGGGCACCAUGGAGGCCUUUUGACCAGGCACACACGAAGCUCCACACUCAGCCCCGACAUCGGGCCAACGACGCCCCCGGGCAGGUCACCCCCAAGAUGGACAGGUCUGUACACCCUGUGGGCAUAGGCUGAGGGGGAUGAAUUAAACGGCUUACGGUGCUGGGCCCCAGCCUAUACGUUAGGCACCCUCAGGGACGUUAUUACAGAUGACAACAACCUACAGCCCAGACACCUAGCUCGCAACGUGUCCCUGCUGAACUGUGAUCAACAUACCAUACCCUGCAUUGCGCACUCUACCUGCUAG